CGUGUUAGCCCGCAGACGUACACUUGUAACUAUUUCGCCAAUUGUGUCUUCGUCUUGCUGUCUAAUUGCCAUCCUCGAUGUCACGCCGCUCCAGCACGCACUCCCUCACAGACUCCUUUGGCGACUUGGACUAUUCUCUCGAGGCCGAGCCCAGCCACGCGUCGCUUUAUUCACACAGCUAUUCUAUCGAUCUGGUGGCAAUCCCCUUAACCUCCAUGGACGGCCUGCCAAAGACCUCGUUUGACGACCACGCGCCACUUAUGAACGUGCACGCGCACUCGCCCUCGACGCGACUUGGUCUCGCGGCGCUUUUUGCCAAAAUUUUCCGCAAAAACAUCACACUCUCAGAGAUUCCACAGCACAAUACUCCUCUGCAACAUGGAGAUGAGGAACAGGCGAGUACUCGCUCUCGGGACGUCUACCCUGGCAUGAACACCGCCAAGUACCCCUCCAACGCGAUCUCCAACUCCAAGUACAACGCCGCAUCGUUUAUCCCGAUAGUGCUCUACGAGCAAUUCAAGUUUUUCUUCAACCUCUACUUCCUCGUUGUCGCGCUCUCACAGGCGAUACCGCAGUUGCGCAUCGGCUACCUCUCAUCCUACAUUGUGCCCUUGGCGUUCGUGCUCUCUGUGACAAUGUUCAAAGAGGCGCUCGACGACAUCCGCCGCCGGCGCCGUGACAGCGAACAGAACAAUGAAAUGUAUGAGAUGCUCGAGGGGUCGCUUGUGCCCGCGCGCAGCCUCGUUGUCGGUGACGUGGUCAAGCUCCCCAAGGGCCGCCGCGUGCCUGCGGAUAUGGUGUUACUUCAAUCUUCCGAGGCCACUGGCGAAGCAUUCGUCAAGACGGACCAGCUUGACGGCGAGACCGACUGGAAGUUGCGUGUUGCACCUGCUGCGACACAGGGCGCGGUGGCCGCGCAGUUGCAGCAGGUGGCGGUGGUGGCGUCCGCGCCGUCAAAAGAGAUCGAUGCCUUCCUCGGUACACUCACGUUCCAGGGCCACACUCUCGCCUUAUCCGUCGACCAGACGUUGUGGGCUAACACGGUGCUUGCGUCCGGGACGGCGGUCGGGAUUGUUGUUUACACGGGUGCGGACACUCGACAGGUGAUGAACACAACGCAGGCAGGGGCCAAGACCGGGCUCCUCGAGGAGGAGAUUAACCGGUUGUCGAAGAUUCUCUGCGCGGUGGUGUUGGUGCUAUCGGUGGUGCUCGUGGCAUGCGAGGGCUUCCAAAAGCUCUGGUACCUCGAUAUUAUGCGCUUUUUGAUCCUCUUCUCCACCAUCAUCCCCGUGAGCUUGCGCGUGAAUCUUGAUUUGGGCAAGACUGUGUACGCGUACCAGAUCGAACGAGACUCCAAUAUUCCUGACACGAUCGUGCGGACAUCAACGAUCCCAGAGGAUCUCGGGCGUAUCGAGUAUCUUCUCAGCGACAAGACGGGUACGUUGACGCAGAACGACAUGGAGAUGAAGAAGCUCCACUUGGGGACGGUUUCGUACGCGGGUGAGUCGUUCGACAUGGUUGACGAGUAUGUGCGUGGCGGUGGUGCGCCCAAGAGCCGGCGCGAUAUGGGUGCGCGUGUGCGAGACCUCGUAACCGCGUUGGCGCUCUGCCACAAUGUCACACCGACCGUGGAGGACGGCACCGUCACGUACCAGGCAGCAUCACCCGAUGAGGUGGCCAUCGUCACCUUCACCGAACGCAUGGGUUUGGCGUUGUAUCGCCGCGACCGUCACUCCAUGACGCUCAUCCAUGAGGCCACGCACAGGCCCGAGGGCUUCGAAAUUCUCCAGACGUUUCCGUUCACAUCCGACACCAAGCGCAUGGGAAUUGUGGUGCGUAAUGAGCGUGACGAACUCUGGUUCCUUCAGAAGGGUGCGGACACGGUCAUGGCGGGGAUCGUGCAGAAGAACGACUGGCUCGAGGAAGAAACGGGUAACAUGGCGCGCGAGGGCUUGCGUACGUUGGUGGUUGCGCGCAAGCGGUUGACUGAAAACCUCUACCGCGAGUUUGCGGACAAGUACUAUACGGCGUCGUUGGCGAUGGCGGGCCGCGACCAGCAGAUGCAGACGGUCGUAGCCCGGUACCUCGAGACGGAUCUCGAGCUCUUGGGGUUGACCGGGGUUGAGGAUAAGCUUCAGAAGGAUGUCAAGCUUUCCAUCGAGUUGUUGCGCAACGCGGGCGCCAAGAUCUGGAUGCUCACAGGUGACAAGGUCGAGACGGCCAAGUGUGUGGCCAUUAGUGCCAAGUUGAUCAGCCGUGGCCAGAUCGUGCACACGAUCACACGCAUGGUGCGGCCCGAUAGCGCGCUUGGCGCGCUCGACUACCUCCGCGCAAACCCGUCCGCGUGCCUCGUGAUUGACGGCGAGUCGCUUGCAGUGUACCUUCGCUACUUCCCGACUGAGUUCUUUGCGGUUGUCGUGAGCCUUCCCGUGGUGGUGGCGUGCCGGUGCACGCCGCAGCAGAAGGCGGAUGUGGCGCUUCUCAUCCGUGCGGCUACAAACAAGCGCGUGUGUUGCAUCGGUGACGGUGGCAACGACGUCAGCAUGAUCCGCAGCGCAGACGUGGGUGUGGGCAUCGUCGGCAAGGAGGGCAAACAGGCAUCCCUCGCGGCCGACUUUUCCAUCACGCAGUUUUGUCACCUUACGCAGUUGACCUUGUGGCACGGGCGCAACUCGUACAAGCGCUCGGCCAAGGUGGCGCAGUUUGUGAUCCACCGCGGUUUGCUCAUCUCCAUCUGCCAAGCCGUGUACUCGGUUUCAUCACACUUCGAGCCGCUCGCGUUGUACAAGGGCUGGUUAAUGGUGGGCUAUUCGACCGUCUACACCAUGAUGCCGGUGUUCUCCAUGGUGCUUGAUACAGAUGUGAGUGAGGGCUUGGUCACCGUAUACCCCGAGUUGUACAAGGAGUUGACUGAGGGAAAGUCGCUCUCCUACAAGACCUUCUUUGUGUGGGUGUUGGUCUCGGUUUACCAGGGCGCCGUUAUCCAGGGGUUGGCACAGGUCUUUUGCGGCUUUGAUGAGAAAGUGUUCACACGCAUGGUGGCCGUUUCCUUCUCUGCGUUGAUUUUGAAUGAGUUGAUUAUGGUGGGGAUCGAGAUUAAUACCUGGCGCAAGGCUAUGGUCAUUUCGGAGGUCGUUACCUUUGCGCUCUACUUCUUCUCCAUUCCGUUUUUGACCGAGUAUUUUGAUUUAGAAUACGUCCAGAGCGUCAGCUUCAUCUGGCAGACGUUAGUGAUUAUUGCCAUUUCCUUGUUCCCUGUCUGGGCCGCCAAGGCCAUCAGACGUAAAUUGCGUCCGCCGAACUACGCCAAGGUCCAGCAGGAUUAAGAGGUGGUUCGUUGAGAGGUGCUAUCAUGAACUCGAUAUUAUUCAAUUAAUUUCGGAUAUAUAUAUAACUUAAUUUACGCUCAUAUUAAGAAGACACUUAUACAUA